AUGCCUCCCUUUGCAACGGAGCCGCUGCUCACCACUGAUGUACCUUCUCCAAGUUCUACAACCACAAUCCACCCUACAUAUAAAUACACGUGUCCGUACUCCAAACACAAGGAGGGCAGGAAUUUAGUAGUCUGUAUUGAUGGAUCAUCGAACCGGUUUGGACUGAAGAACACCAAUGUCGUCGAACUCUACAGCCAACUUGUGAAAUCUGAAGCCCAGCUCACUUAUUACAACAGCGGAGUGGGCACGCACGCCCGGCCAACGUGGCGCUCUCUCACAUAUGUUCAUUAUUGGCUGAGCAACAAGGUGGAUUUGCUUAUUGCUUGGAAUCUCGAAAGAGUGAUACUGGCAGCCUAUCGAUGGAUAUCAGAAAACUAUCAAGACGGUGAUAGAAUUUACCUUUUCGGCUUUUCUAGGGGCGCUUACCAGGCCCGAGCAAUUGCUGGAAUGAUACACCGCGUCGGCUUAAUCCUCCCCGGCAAUAACGAGCAAAUACCAUUCGCAUUCGAGCUAUACUCGAAAAUAGAUGAAAAGGCCUCGAAGAGAAAAAAAUCUCGGCGCAAACAUGCCUGGGCGAAUGAGCUUGCUGAAACGUUCAAGAGCACAUUCUGCAGAUCGCACGUCCACAUCCAUUUUAUCGGCGUAUGGGAUACUGUUUCUUCAGUUGGCGUUGUGAGGGGGAAGACCUUACCUUCAACUACUAACGGCGACCACCAUAUGUGCUAUUUCAGACAUGCUCUUGCUUUGGACGAGCGGCGAGUCAAGUUCCUUCCUGAGUAUAUUCAUGGUGCAAAUACAGAAGGGUCCCAUUCCGAGCGCAUCAAGGAGGUCUGGUUUGCAGGUAGUCACUCGGACGUUGGCGGAGGCAAUCGACUCAACGAGAAGCUUCAAUCAGGUGACAUUCCAUUGCUAUGGAUGCGAAAGGAGGCUGUCGAGGCGGGCUUGAGGGUGAAGCCCACGGAAGUCGUCUGGAAGAUGGACGACUUGCAGAAGAGGACGUUCGAAUCACUACGGAGAACAUGGUGGUUACUCGAAUUCGCUCCUGUCAAGCGGGUUGUUUAUGGCACUCAGGACAAUCACACAUUUGGGUAUGUGCUACUCCACCGUGGCGCGCCUCGGGUGAUCCUCCCCGGACAGAAGAUUCACGCUUCUGUCCUUUUCAAAGGCAACUAUCGAGCCAAGGCCAAAUUCUGGAAGGACUUCGAUGUAUGGCCAGAAUUGAUGUACUGGAAUGAUCCAGUCAGCCAAGACCGCCUUUCCAAACUGGGUCAAGUGUGGGAGAAGGAUAUCUUUGAUGCAUCAACCGUGCCCUCACUUUUAAGAGAUAUCCAGUUACAUGGAGUGGAGUGUUUCGACGCAGUUGACCGACUAGCAUUCAUGGCUUCAUUUGGUGAGUGUUUUAUUUCUUUAUUGCAAUUUGUCUUCUGA